AUGGGCUCUACAGUUUCCGUUCCAAAAGUCACCUCCAAACUUUUAAAUGUUCCACUGAGAGGAAAUCUCAAGCGAACAUCCAGUUCCACUAUAAUGUUCAGAUCUGCCUCUAGCGUCUGGAAAAUCGAGGUACUGUGCCGUGGGCCGAUAGUAUUUCACAAUGGAUCAAGUGCCAAAUCUCCUGUCUUGUUAACUAUCGAUUCUAUUAGAUGUUCUCCGUUCGAAGUUGUUUUACCAGCCUUUCCCAAAUUGAAUCGUCCUAGAAAGAUAGAGGUAAUUUCUUGGAAAGGCAAAUCUUUUGGCAGUGAUACAUACUCCUUCACUUUAUCUGUGGGCGGCGCUUUUACACGAUUUGAGUGGAGAGCAACAUCAGGACGCGAAGUGAGAAGUACUGGAAGCGCAAGCGGAUGGAAGCUCGUCAAAUUAGGGGCGGCUACCCAGAAGCAGUCUAAACCAGUCAAAAACCUCAGAACUACAGGUUUGUCCAGUGAUGGAGGAGAAAUUGUGGCAGUUUACGGAGGACGAAAGAAAGAUCGGGAAUUUCAACUCUAUGGAACUGGUAGCAAGCUUGGUCCUGUGUUUACACUAAUGGCACUAGCGUCUGCUGUCUCUCUUGAAAUUCAUCAACAGAAAUUGAGAGAUGAUAAACAUGCAGACAUGGUAAACCGCAUCAAUGAUUUUUAG